UCUAUUCUUAAUUAUGUAUCCUGAUAUUUUAUAGAAUGGGUAUUAUAUUUCAAUGUUGUUAUUAAUAUUUAAUGGACCUUUGUUAGGUAUAAAGCAAGAUAUUUCCAGUAGGUCCUGUUAGCAGUAAGUUUUAUGUAUAUUAUAGAGGUGAACAAGUUAUUUUUCUAUAAAUCAAUUAUUAUAUUAUUUUCAAAUUAGAUUGUGAUGGUAAGGUUAAGUAAGGCAAAUGUAGUACUUUUAAAAUUUAAUUUCAAGCUUAAAAUACAUGACAAGGUACAGAUAUAAAAAUCACUUGCUCAGGAUUACAUAUGUAUGUAGAGUUGCUGCUAUAUUAGGUUCAGGGCCAUAAUUGUAUUCUCUGUUAAAGCUUAUUCAAAAACGUAUUUAGCCCCACAAUAUACUUCUUAUAGCUCACAAACAAGUGAAUUUAACUGAAAAUAUAGAUGAUGGUUAAGCAGCAUUUAAGAAGAAAGGCAUGUUUAUUCAGAAAUCAUUGGUAAGAUCUAUAAAAGUACAUGCUUUCUUGUGUCACACAGACUAUAACACUUGCUUUAACUGAGUAGCUUAUAAUGUUAUUCAGAAAGCACAUUAAAAGUUCUUCACUCAGCUCUUGUGCUUUCCUUUCCUCAUUCUUUCUGCCUCUUGAUCUCUUGGUUUUAAAAUCUUCCUCCUUAUUUUGUAGACACUGCUCUCCUGUUCACUACUUCUUCUCUGUCUUUACGUCUCAUCACUGGGCCUCUCUCAGUGUCUGUUUUCCCAACCUUCAUCCCAAAUUCCAGCUGUAUAUCUACAACCAGUUGGUCAGGUUUCUGACAAAGCGAGAGCAAAAACUAAUGCAACGGCGACAACAUGCAGAGGAGCUCCUAGAAUGGAAGCGACGUUUAGAUGCAGAAGAAGCAGAAAUUCGUCAAAUGGAAAAACAAGCUUUGGCUGCCUGGGACAAAGAAUUAAUAAAACCCCAAACUCCUAAGAAAGAAUUGGAGGACCAGACAACAGAACAGAAAGUUUAUCCAGCAGAGGCUUACUUCUGUGUCAGCUUUCUCAUCCUCACCUGUUGCCUCAACAUCCUGCUGCAUACAGAUUUCUCCAUCCUGGGAGGAAAUUUAAGAGGACCUGGAAAAGAGACUUAUUUGUUCUGGUGGUACAGGACUCAACUUUUCAGAUAUAAUAGAAAACAUUUAUGACUUUGGCUAGAAGGCAAAUCAAUAAUAGCUUUCACUGUUCAAGCCUAUAUUGUUAGGAACUGUUGCUUACUAAUUGUGGAAAGUGUUGUUGGAUAAAUGUGAUAAAACAAAGGUUAUUUCCGUAUGUUUACACUUGAUCUUAGCCAAAAGGCUGACAAGUGAUUCAGUGUGAUUUUUAAUCUCACCAAAUAUAGCUUAAAAAUAGUAAGGUAAACUGAUAUAAAGAAGAGAAAAAAGUCAAGAAAAAAAUACAUUAUAAUAAAAUAAAUGCAGUGUACUCAUUAAGUACAUUGUUGCCAUAGAUAAAGCUGAUUCUGACUAAGCAAAAAAGUAACUUAUUAAAGGAUAUUCAGUGGUUCACAAAAUCUUUGAGAUUACUAGAGACUAAGCUGCAUGCUAAGAGUGUUAUUGUAGAGGAUGUGUUAUCAUCUUUUUCAAGUAAUACCAAAUUGUUUAGCAAAGUGAUUAGACCAGUUACUACUCCUAAAGGAAUAUAUGAGAGUAGUAACUGCUCUGCAUCCUCACACUUUCCUGCUGGGUGGUAAAAGGGUUGGUUGGCCUGGUUGGCCCGGCUUGACAGUGCCGAGGGAGUACAGAAAGAAUUGGCAGCAUUGGCUUUAAGUAGCACAGAGGUGCUGGGCAGGUAUUGGGCAGUCCUGCUCUUGAAUAUAUGCCAUCUGAAUCUAUAGUGCAGCAGUUACCAGGAAGUCCAGGUUACAGUAUACUUACUGCAGAAAUGGUUUUUUCACAGAAACUAGAUUGUCAGUCACUAUCAUUGCUGAUUAUGUGUGGUAGAUAUCGUCCUUCACUUGGCAUCAGCCAAAAUUCUCAAUUAGACUGACAGACUUUGUAGUAAAUGUUAAGUGACAUUAUGAAGAAAUUAUACCUAAAUGCAAAUAGUGAUAAUAUGCUAAAAACAAAUGUAAGGUGUUAACAGUUAGAAUUUUCCCAUUGACGGAGAUUGUGUGUUUUUUCUUUUUUUCACCCUUU